AACGUGCCGAUGCGAUGCAACUGUCCGCCGCGUAAUGCUGCAUAAACAUUAAUAUCAUGUUCACCGUAUCGAAUUGCCGGUCUAUCCAGACCUCUACGUUACCUAUAUAAAACUCGCCGUACACCUUGGAUCAGGCUGGAUUGAAUUGACACUCCUCGAAUCUGCAGUAUCUACCUAGUAGUACAUGCACUGAGCCCGUCUUUUCGCCCAGCAUGCAUCGCCCUUUCGUGCUCCCACUCGCGAUUCUCGGCGGCUCAGUUGCCGUCGCAGCCGAAUGCACGACCGCAGCCUUCGAGGCGAUCCUCGUGAACCACCCGGAGGCGACGAUCAACCUGGUCGAGGCCGUGCCGCAGAACGGCAGCUUCGGCCAGCCGGACACGGACAUCCCGUUCCCCGAGAAGGCGACCAACCUGCAGGCGCUCUGCGCCGUCAGCAUCAACGUCAAGUCCUCCGAGAGCUCGUCGUACAACUUCGGCCUGUUCCUCCCGGAUACCACGUGGAAUGAGCGGUUCUUGGCAACCGGGAACGGAGGGUUUGGGGGCGGGAUUAAUUGGCCUGAUAUGGGUAAACUGUCACAGUACGGAUUCGCCACGAUGUCAACAGACACAGGUCAUUCAUCUGAUGUCAGCGAUGGUUCAUGGGGGCUCAAUGCGCCCGAGAGCCUCAUCGACUGGGCGCACAGGGCCAUGCACGGGUCUAUCGUCCUGUCAAAGGAGAUCAUCACCGCUUAUUAUGCUCCGCCGGAUGGUAUCAAGUACUCCUACUAUGCCGGCUGCUCGACAGGUGGUCGACAGGGCUUAAAGGAGGUUCAGAUGUAUCCCGAUUCAUUCGACGGCAUCUCCGUUGGAGCCCCGGCCUGGUGGACCGUCCGUCUAGCAGCUAUCACCCUACAGCAAGGCCUCUACAACCGCCCCGACAAUUCUUCCGGGCACAUCGAUGCCUCGCUUUUCCCUGCCGUCGUAGCCGAGAUGGAAAAGCAGUGUGACCCCCAGGACGGCCUCGUCGACGGCAUCGUCAGCGACCCCUUCGGCUGCAACUUCGACUUCGAGGCGCUCCUAUGCACGCCAGCCUCAAACGCGUCGGCAUGCGUCACACCCGCCCAACUCGCGACUCUGAAUAAGUUCUACAACGCCUGGGUCGACGCGAACCAAACCCUCGUCUUCCCCGGCGCCGCACUGGGGACGGACCCGACCUUCGCCAUGGGCCCCAGCCUGUCGAGCCUCGGGUACGGCCUGUUCCAGUGGUGGGUGUACAACAACACGGAGUGGGACUACACCAAGUUCACGUUCAACGACGUGCUCUUCGCGGACGCGAUCAACCCCGGCGGCGCGACGGCCGACAACUUCGACCUCAGCCCGUUCCAGGACCGCGGCGGCAAGAUCAUCAAGUACCACGGGCUCGCGGACGCGCUGAUCCCGACGUCGAGCAGCAUCCACUUCUACAAGCAGGUCGCGCAGACGCUUGUCCCCAAGGGCGUCAGCCUCGACGACUUCUACCGCUUCUUCCUGAUCCCCGGGAUGAACCACUGCUCGGGGUCGACGGUUGCGCCGUGGUAUAUCGGCGGCGCGAGCCAGGCGAUCAGCGACAUCACGUAUUCCGUGCCGGGGUACGUGGACGCGGACCACGAUGUCAUCCUCGCCAUGGUGAAGUGGGUUGAGGAGGGGAAGGCGCCCGAGCAACUCAUCGCGACGAAGUUUACGAAUGAUACGCUGGCCUCGGGCAUCGAGAGCCAGAGGCCGCUUUGCCCGUAUCCGAAGCAGGCGAAGUAUGUGUCGGGUGACGCCAAGAGCUCGGGGAGCUGGGAAUGCCAGAGUCUGUACUGAAGGUUUAGGAUAUAAAAGUACUUGAUUGGAUAAAAGAGUGUACAUACGUAAUGUCCUGUAGGGAUUUUGAUCAUUAAUAGUAUCUAGUAGUUUGGGAUAGAAACCAGCUAUUUUGCAUUAGGUAUUCCAUAGUACUCGUGACGACGCCAGGCCGUGUUUCUAUCUACAAUUCGCUUAUAACUAUGCACGCUUCGCUGUAAGGACGACCUAUUUACAAAUCAUACCAGUUGGAACCAUAUCCUCGUGCAUCGAGCCAUUGGAGAGCUUCGCCCAUACCCUUUUCAAGC